UUUUUUUUUCGAGGCAGAGCUGGGCUGGUGGCUGUUUCAAUCAAAGGGAAGGCAGAGGGAAGGGAAGCUCUGCGGAGAGAUGUUAAGAUGGCAGAGCUACAAAUGUUGUUAGAGGAAGAGAUUCCGGCCGGUAAAAGAGCGCUUGUGGAGAGUUAUCAAAACCUGACCAGAGUAGCAGACUACUGCGAGAACAAUUAUGUCCAGGCCCAGGAUAAGAGGAAAGCUCUGGAGGAGACCAAAGCCUACACCACCCAGUCCCUGGCCAGCGUGGCCUACCAGAUCAAUGCCUUAGCCAACAAUGUACUGCAGCUGCUGGACAUCCAGGCCUCGCAGCUGCGGCGCAUGGAGUCCUCCAUCAACCACAUCUCUCAGACGGUGGACAUCCAUAAAGAGAAGGUGGCCAGGCGAGAGAUCGGGAUCCUGACCACUAACAAGAACACAGCGAGGACUCAUAAGAUCAUAGCGCCGGCCAAUGUGGAACGGCCGGUCAGGUACAUCAGGAAGCCAAUUGACUACACUCUGUUGGAUGAUGUCGGCCACGGUGUUAAGUGGCUAAAAGCCAAGCAACAUGGAAACAAUCAGGCAAUUAGAGGAGGAACGCUAUCGAGGACCAAUCCGCCAACGCAGAAGCCUCCCAGCCCUCCGAUGUCGGGGCGUGGCACGCUGGGACGCAACACACCCUACAAGACCCUGGAGCCAGUGAAACCACCCACGGUUCCCAACGACUACAUGACCAGCCCCGCCCGACUAGGCAGCCAGCAUGGCCAGCAGCACAGCCCCGGACGCACGGCAUCGCUCAACCAGAGGCAACGCACGCAUAGUGGAAGCAGUGGGGGCAGCAGCAGCAGGGAGAACAGCGGCAGUAGUGGAAUUGGCAUUCCCAUCGCCGUGCCUACACCUUCCAUCCCCAACUCUGGACCAGUCUCAACCAUGACCGCUCCCCCGGGAGCCCCUCCGCCUCCCCCACCCCCUCCUCCCCUACCUCCACCUGCUCCUCCCAUGGCCGGGUUUGCCCCCCCAGCACCGCCACCACCGCCACCCAUAGCUGUGGCCCCUGGACCUGGUCUGGGUCCCGCUCCAGUGUCGCAGUUUGGAACCAUCUCGCGGCAGAUUUCACGGCACAACCCUUCCAACUCCUCUGUCUCUAUGGUUUCGGCCACGGGCACCUACCGGCGGGCGCCGUCGGUCACUUCACAGUUCUCCUUGCAGCAGCAGCAGCAACAGCAGCUACAGCAGCAGCAGCAGCAGCAGCAGCAGCCUCAUAUUAAUGGAGGCACUCCUGGCUAUGGCCAGAACUCAAUGUCUGUCGCUCCUCCUCCUCCCCCCAUGCCCCAGCUGACUCCACAGAUACCUCUGACUGGCUUUGUGGCCAGGAUGCAGGAGAGCAUUGCAGAUACUCCAACUCCACCUCCCCCUCCCCCUCCGGAUGACAUGCCCAUGUUUGAUGACUCUCCUCCGCCUCCGCCACCUCCUCCAGUGGAUUACGAGGAGGAAGACGCCGCCGUCGUGCACUACAACGACCCCUACGCUGAUGGAGACCCCCAGUGGGCUCCCAAGAACUACAUCGAGAAAGUGGUGGCCAUCUAUGACUACUCCAAGGACAAAGAUGACGAGCUGUCUUUCAUGGAGGGUGCGAUCAUUUACGUCAUCAAGAAGAAUGACGACGGCUGGUUCGAAGGCCUGUGCAACGGCGUCACCGGCCUCUUCCCCGGCAACUACGUGGAGUCCAUCAUGCACUACGCUGACUGAAGGGACCUUUCAGUAAAAGUAGUCUAUUUAUUCGGUCAUAUCAUGAUCCACAGAGAGACUGACAGCAGAAAUCUGACUCCUGAGAUGCAUAACCCCUUUUUUUUUUUUGAUAUGACAGAAUGUUCUUUCCCUUACUGAUUGCAAAUAAAAUGAAAGUUAUAUCUAUUUAGUUUAUUUUGGUGUUAUGGAGAGGUGGGGAACAUUUGACCUUUUUUUGACGAAUCGGACUGCACACGCUCACACAGUUGAAGGAUGUAUGGUGAGAGCUUGCCUGAACAAAACUUUGUGAACAAGAGUUUUUAGGUUUGAUGGAACAAAAAAAAAAAAAAAAAAAUGUCACGUAAGCACCUUCAGUUGAAGUGUUGAUGUACCGUCGGUUGUAAAUAAUGUGAGCUGCAGCCACUUGGGGUUUCUGUAAUGUAAAUUCAGCGAAUGUCGAUCAUAUGUUUUUCAUUGGUGAAGCCCUCCUCCUCAACUCUGUAAAUGCAGACGGCCGGUUGAUAAUUCAAAUUUAAAUCCUGUAAAUCGUGAUUCAGAGGGGGAAAAAAAUUACUUUGGAAAAUAAGUCUUGGCAUCAAAGCAUGCAAAUUUUUCGAUAUAAUGUUAUACGUUUAUUGCCAUUAUGCUUUCAUUAUGUUUUAAAUGUAUUCACCUUUGUUUUUAUUUACACUGUUAAAAUCACUGAUUUAUUUUUAAACUCUGACGUAAAUGGCAGGCUCUUCCACUGCAUCUCCCUCCAUUUUUGUUUUCUUAAUCAAAUUGAAGUUGCAUUAAUUAAGAGUUUGAAGCCAGAGAACACAUUCCAUCCAUCUGGGCUCGUUGUGAAAAAUUUUAAGAUUGCGUCACAUCACUGUAAAUGUUAAAUGCAGAAAAUAUGGAGGAUGCUUCGAUAACUGGCAAUAAUGGACUGUAAUUCCUGUGCAAACGGGUGACAAAUUAAAGGAAAAUCUUGAACUUGUGACCCCCUACAGCGAGAGGGAUUGGUCAGGUCAUCAAAUCUUCUCCUGUGGCUCACUUCUGAACCCCUGUGUUGGUUUUACAGGAUCAAAGUUGAAUUUUAUCAAAAUAAUUCAGGACAAAAGCAGCAGCACUUUUCUCUAUAGCAAAAGACUAAGUUUGUCCUUGUCUCACAGUCUGAGAGAGUUGUUUUAUUCAGUGAUGAAGCAUUUCUACCAUUUCUGGGAUGGUAAUACUCCCAUCCUGGGGUACAAAGGGUCACGUAAUCAUUUUAGUAUGGAAUUUAUGUGAGUCUCUGGCCUUUGAAGUCACCAGAUCUCACCGCCAUCAUGAAAACGUCAAAAUGAGGAGACUAUCUUCUGGAAGAAUUUCUCUCUCCAGUACAUUUCCAGAGUUCUGGAGGCCCGACGCCUUGCUAACACUUCCUGCAAUUUGUCACCCGAGACCGGAAUCGUCCUUCCCGACACUGCCACGCGACAAUUCAGAUGUAAUAACGUAGACCAAUAAGCAGCUAAUAGCUCCUCAGUCUUCUCGACGCACCAACGGCCUCCUCUGGGUUCAAGGGCCGUGCUGAAUGCUAGGAACACGUAAUCCUCUGGGCUGCACGGGUGUACAUAAUACGGCAAGUCCAGUGUAAUCAGCCAGUCGAUAUUGGGUGUCUCUCAGGUCUAAGAAUCAUCUUGUACUUUUUCGUGCUGGUUCUGUCAUCUAACACGACCUCCAACUGCAGUGCUGACACUACCUGCUGUGGUCGCCAUUCAUCAUUUCAGGAUACUGCAGCUAAUGCCUUGAUGUUUGACCCAAUUUCUUUUAUUUCCAGCUCAAUUUCAUCAUAAAUCUCUCUGCCCUUCAUUUGUGUAUAUAACAUGUUGAUUGAGAAAUUAAUGUACAGUCUUUUAUAAUAAACAAAUCUAUGUACAACA